UUUUAAAGCUGAAGUUCUACUAACCGUCACUUUUUAUUUAUUAGCAUUAGCUCGUGCUAAAAUCUUAUUUCCUAUACUUGCUGUUAUUAUUAUAUUAUAUUGACUCGUUGUCACAGAACCAGAGUGCGAGUGAUACAAUGUAGCUGCUCUGAAGUAAUGCCAACUCUAAACGGUUUAGUUUUCUACUAUGAGCUCCCUGUCGACCCAGCCUCAGGCUUCAAGCUCGUCAUGCAGGACGCUUCCCGGAGAGGGUAAUCAGGUGAAACCAAAAGCCCCGCUGCUGCAGAUCUUGCGUGUAGCUGGAGCUCAGGAAGAUGUCUUCACUCUCAAAGAGGUGAUGCACUACCUGGGUCAGUAUAUCAUGGGGAAGCAGCUGUAUGACAAACAGAGGCAACACAUUGUCCAUUGCCAGGAUGAUCCUUUGGGUGAACUUCUGGAAGUUGAAAGCUUCUCUGUCAAAAAUCCAAGCCCAGUGUAUGAAAUGCUAAAGAAGUACCUCGUUGUGUUUGGCUCUAGUGACGCUGCAGAGAAUCUUUCUGUGGGCCGUGAGUGUGUAGAGGGCGGAGUGGAGGAUCGUGGUCAGAUAUAUGAGGGUGUGGUCAAAGCAGGAGUGGUGGCCGGGAGUGAAGGGCCUCUUCUGCAGACCCCCUCUCAGAGACGACCUCGUGAUCCAGACGAUGAGUCGCUUGAAGGCCUGCCUCGCUCAGCCUGCAAGCGCCCCAAACUGGAUGUCACCCUGGAGGAGUGGGACCUCUCUGGUCUACCCUGGUGGUUUCUGGGUAAUCUGCGUAAUAACUAUAGCCGCAGGAGCAAUGGCUCCACUGACAUCCAUACAAACCAACUGUCUCUUGCACAGGAGGAGGACACAGCCAUCGUGUCAGACACAACAGAAGACUUGUGGAUUCUGACAGAGGGUGAGAGUGAGCAAGUGAGUGUGGAGAUGAAGGAAGCGGCGCUAGAAGAGGGAAGUGGAGGAGAAGAAGGUUCUGUUGAUGAUGAUUACGGAGGAGGAAAGGAGGAAAAGUCAGACCGAGAGAUGCAAGAAGAACCCGAUGAAGACUCUCAGUGUCUGAGUGAUGACACUGAUACAGAGAUCUCCACACAGGAUGCAUGGCAGUGCACAGAGUGCAGGAAAUACAACAUACCUGUCCAGCGGUACUGCGUUCGCUGUUGGGCUCUACGAAAAAACUGGUACAAGGACGUGCCCCGGCUGGCUCAUUCUCUCUCCGUCCCCGACAUCCCAGCAUGCAGCUCUCUCUCUGCCCAUGAUGAAGAGGACGACAGCGACACAGGCAUUGAUGUUCCAGACUGCAGCAGGACGGUCUCAGACCCAGUCAUCCUGCCCUCCCACUCCACAGCUGACCGACCGAUUCCCACAGCAGGUAUGAGUAAAGGCAAAGGGCCACGCCCAUCUGGCUUCCACAAGCACGGCCAGCUCUCAGAGGGGGAAAGCCAGGAAAGUCUGGGUAUGGAGGUCCAAGACGUUCGACCGGAGGCGCUGCUGGAGCCCUGCAAGCUGUGUCGGGUGAGACCGCGUAAUGGUAAUAUAAUCCAUGGACGAACGGCUCACCUGCUUACAUGUUUCCCAUGUGCAAGGAGGUUGCAUAAGUUCCAGGUUCCCUGUCCAGGAUGUGGAAAGAUUAUUCAAAAAGUUAUUAAGAUAUUCAUCCUCUAAAGAGCAGCUGAAGGGAUCCAAAGGGUUUUGGCACCUAAAUGUAAUUCAAUGCACAGAUGAAAGUAUAAAUAGUUUAACAUGUUUAUUUUACCCAUCCCCAAAAAUACACAUAAGAAAACACAAAUUUCAGCACUUGGUAAAGUUUGCUCUUCAUUGCUAUGGUUGUUUUGCAUCAAACUGCCUGUAAAGUAUUUUUAGGCAAUAAGAGUAGUAACUAAUAUUUUCUAUUUUGUCUAAAUUAAAUAAGGGACAAGGCAGAACUAUUUAUUUAUUUAUUGCUAAAUGCUGACACUUGAGCAGUUGGUUUGAGGUUUUAAUUGAUCUCAUGAAGGUUUUGUUCUUGUUUUAUAGCCACAUAAAUGUUCCUAUCCUGAACCCUUACUUUAUGUUUGCAGAGUUGUAUCAGUUAAUAUGUUCUUCUUUUCUAAAUAAAUUAGAUCUUCUUUUUAUCUUUCUUUAGUGUUGUUCUGAGAAGAGUUGCCAUUUAUAAAUUUGACCGAUAGCAGGUUAGCAAGUCAACCCCUUUCCUUUUUUUACAUCAGCUUCAGAUUUAUGAAAGCCUCAUUCCAAAAUUAUCUUAAAAUAAUACCCAGCCUUGUAAAAAUACGUUUUAAUAAUUAGAUGUUGGCUUAAAUCUUGUUUGUGUGAGUGCUUCACCACAUACAAUAUUUAACCUGCUGAAGAUUGCAGCUCUAACUUUUUUCCUUGUGACAGUGUGGUGUUUGUUCAGUGUUUCUGACCUUUAUAACUCAUGCUUGUAGUAGGUAACUCUUCAUUUCUCACCUCUCUGAUUUAAGUUGAAAACGACUUCAUAUUUAAUUUAUUUAUGGCGUUUGUGUUGUAAACGCCUAAUCUGAAGCAGAGAAGGUUGCAACUGUAAGAGCAUCCACACAUCACAUUUCUUGAAAAGUUUGAUUUAAGCGUUACACUGCCAUGUAAUAACUUUAAACUUAAUUUGUACAUAGUAGAUCUUAUUCUGAUUAUUUUUUGCAUUUUCUGACCUUACUGAUGCCAUUUCAUUUCAGUGUGCUAUAAGUAAAAUGUAUCCUCUAUCUAAUUUGCACAAUUAAGAUUAUUACAGAUUCUCAAUGGAUUUCUAACUGUAAGUUCACCUCAUUGAAUGUGCCAGAUUUUCCAACCAGUUUUUUUCUUCCUUGCCUUUAAUCUUUCUGCCAGUAGGUGGAGAGAGUUCUGUCACAUAACUGCUUUCUGCAUAAGCUGUAUCAGUACAAAUCUGUAAUAUACAUUUAGCGCAUGCCUUUUACCGUGACUUGAGCUUGUGCAGAAUUGGUCUGAAGCUUAUGAGCCAAUAACUAGAUAUAAACUUAUAAAUAAAGCCAGUAGCAUUUAUCAGCUUCAUUAAGUGUCAACACAUAAUGGGAAUGUGCUACAUAUAGACCUCAUGUAGGCGAUAGAGUUGAUAUAGAUUCAGGUGCUGACGGAAGUGAUUCAUUUCUGAGAAGUUUAUAAUGUAAUCCAAUACGGUACGCUUUUCUUUUUUUCCUCUAAUUGUUGCUUAUUGAAUGUUUUUUGUUGAGCAAUAAAGGUUUAAAAUAUUAAA